AUGCCGUAUCAAAUCCGGGACACCUUGAUCCAUGAACUAUGCCAUGCAGCCUCCUGGCUGCUUGAUGGCAUCCGGGAUUCUCAUGGUAUCUCAUGGCAAUAUUAUGCUAAAAAAUGCAAUUCAGUACACCCAGAACUGCCCAAGGUCACCCGUUGCCAUAACUACACAAUUCACUACAAGAUCUAUUAUGAAUGCAUGCUGUGCAAAUACAGGAUUGGCCGCUACACCAGAUCGCUGAACACUGAACGCUUCAUCUGUGCCAGAUGCAAAGGGCAUCUGGUCUUGCUGCCAUUGUUUCGCAAGGAUGGAACCCCCAUUGUGCCCUAUGUGAGACCAUUUGCCAAAUAUGUGCAGGAGAAUUAUAGAGCCGUGUUUAACGGCACGGCAGGAAUCAGCCAUGGGAAUGUGAUGAAAAGACUCAGCAAGGAUUAUUUUGCCAGUAAACAAAAGGCAAAUCCUUAAGGUUUGCCUGGAAUAUAGUUAUGUGAGCCAAAUCCUUUACUGGCAAGAAGUUCUAGAAAACUAU